AAGAGUUGCUCCAGCGUUGGAGGAGGGCAGAAGGCGGGGUAAGUUUGGUUAGAAACUCUGUAAUUUCCUUUUUUACUUUCACAACAAUAGUGCAGAAUCCAGAAUGGAUGUCCUCUUCGUAGCCAUCCUUGCUGUGCAACUUAUCCUAGGACAAGAAUAUGAGGAUGAAAAAGGACUGGAAGAGGAUGAUUAUUAUCAGGUGAUCUAUUAUUACACAGUGACCCCCAAUUAUGAUGACUUUGGUGCAAAUUUCACUGUUGAUUACUCCAUGUUUGAAUCUGAGGACAGACUGAACAGGCUGGAUAAGGAGGUAAGGGAAGCAGCAGAGACUACCAUUAGUCAUGAAACAGAAGGUGCAGACACUCAGAAGCCAGAAACAGUGAAACCAAUGACAACGGAACCACAGAGUCCAGAUCUGAACGAUGCUGUAUCCAGUCUGCAGAGUCCUGUUCCCCUCCUCCUGUCCUGGGCCCUCGUUCAGGGGGGGAUAUAUUUCAUGUAGAAGGAGAAAGAAGGCUGCUACAACUCUUUUGAUGGGGAUUUGGGAAGAGGAAAUUGGAAGAUAAAUAAAUGAAAUAAUCCGG